CCGUAAGCUUAUGUGCAUUAGUGCGGAACCAGUCUCAUAGGCUAGACUGAUACAUCUAAGCUGCAUUAUUGAUGCUCUUUGACGCUUGAACCUGUGGCGUUACCAACCAAGUUCGCACGAUACCACGAUGAACGCGUACGUCCAAUGCCUGGAUUGAUCCGGCAAUCCGAGGACAAACUUUGAGAUCGAUAUUUUCUCGAAAUGAACAUUGAUGUCGCAUGGCUUCUUCUAAGAACAUGUAAACUCUUCAACGAUCUCCACUGCUGCAAAAGUUCGUGCCCGAAGACGCAGUUUGACCAACAUCCAUACAAGGAACCAGAGUUGUAAAACGACCUGCAUGAUGAUGCUCAGUCGUGGAGUUUGGAUUGCGUUCCUCGCAACGGCUUACGCUGCAGCCUUGCCGUCAACACAGUUGGAACGCCGAGUCAAACCCCCUCCGGUUUCUAGCAUUGUAGUAUUCGGUGACUCGUUCAGUGACAACGGAAACGGUGCUGCUAGAGUAUCGAAUAAUGCCUGGCCUACAGACAAAUACUAUAAAGGUCGUUUUUCAAACGGAAUCGUCUGGGCAGAAUACGUAGCAGCUAAUCUCUCAUUGCCACUCUACGACUAUGCGGUCGGAGGUGCGACGACUUCGAAUGCUCUUAUCCAGGGCUACACAGGCGCAAAGGGUGAUAUUGCCGUACCUUCUGUUAUUGAUCAAGUCGUCUCGUUCUUGGCGAAGAUAAAUCCUCAAGGAGGAGCAUUCGGAGCGUCCGAUUCGAUGGCAAUGGAAACCCCAUUGCUGAUCUUGUUUGCUGGUGCCAACGACAUCCUGUUCAACGCCAAUAUCAGUGCUUCGCAGUCGUAUCAAACUCUUCGCCAAGCCGAAGUACAGCUGCGCGAUGCGUACCCAGAUGCAAAAGUCUUGACUCUAUCGCCGCCAGAUAUCUCCAGACUUCCGUAUGGCUUCUACUUGGAAGACAAUUUGGCAAAGAACCAGUUGCGAACUUUCACCGACCAGCUAGGAGAAUUACUCGGCGGGUCAAAGACAGCAGCCGUCAACUACUAUGCUUCCCCUCGGGCGUACGGAUUUGACCCACUGGGGAAGUACGGCAGUUGCCUCGAAGGUGCAUAUGGCGAGACGCCGAACGUGACGAUCUGCGGAGACCCAGAUAGGCGGGUAUACUGGGACGAGUACCAUCCUACAACUCAUACACACUCGUGGAUUGCCAAGGAGGUUCUAGACGCUCUGAGAGGUCCGUUCUAAUUACCUCUUGUGGUUGAGGGAGCGAAAGUUGGAGUUCCGAGGUUUUCGGGUUCGGCAUGAAUGAAGGAAUGCAAGUAUACGGGGGGCAGUGUUGAAGUUUUCUUGGAAGCAGUUUUACAGAAAGAGCGAUGAACAAAAGCGAGACAUUGGAUCAGAUGAAAGAAGCAAACUCGCUGGCCCAAUACCAAUUUCCAAUUCCAACUUUGGUCC